AUGGCCGCCGCCGCCGCCGCCGUCUUCAUCGCCUUGGUGCUAACCGCCAUGCAGUCGGCCUCGCUACGGAGCGGCUGCAGGGGGACGUCGCUUUUCAACAGGCGUCGUACGGCUUUACCGUCUCCGCCAUCCUGGGGCCCGCGUGUUGGCGCGUCGUUGACCAUGCCGCGGGAGAGCUGGGCUUUCCACGUGGGGACUCGCCAGCACCGCGACUGCUGCCGCGACCAGGGUGGCCGGAGGAUGACCGGGGCCGGAGGCAUCACCCAAGCCGGCAUUGUCAGUUCAGGGUCGAAGCUUAAGCAGUGGCUGGACCUAUUCACGAAGGCGCAUUCCGCGGCCUUUAAGGCAAGAGCUGGGGAGAAGCGCAAGAGCGAGCCAGAAAAAGACGGCGGUCCCAUUUCCAAGCGAACGCGUGCGUCCAGGGGCAGGCACGGGUCUCCUCCUAACAGUUCAACGACGGCCGGGAACGGAAGCUCGGAUGGCAAGUUAAAACAGAAUGGAGACGCCACCAGGGGCUCCCAAGGCAGGAGCAAAGGUCCCAGAGGAAACGGGAAGAAAACUCGGGGUGGCUCCGGCACAAAGUCCCGCACGCGACGCACCAGCGCCACCUCCACAGGCGGCCGCGACGACGCCCCGCAAAUCCUGGAAAAGGGCAUCAUCUACUUUUUCUUCCGCGGCCGCGUGCGGGACAAGACCGCCGACGGCGACGGCGGCGCGGACGAGGAGGCGCCCCGCAGCGUCGACGACGUCGCGCGCAGCCACAUCGUCCUCCGCCCCAUUUGGUCCGACGACCCCACUUCCCCAUCCAAACAAGCCACCGACAACAUAGCAGACAGCGCGCGCUUGCUCGCCCUGCCCAAGAAGUUCCUCCCCCGCACCGGGCGCGACCGCUUCAUGGCCAUAGCGGAGAAGGGCGCGACCGACUUUGCGACGCUGUGCGACACCUUCCUGAGGGGCAGCGACCACGAGACUAAAACGCGGGGGACCAGGCACGCGCCGGCUGCCGCACCGCUGGCGGAGGGCGUGUACGCUAUAAUAAGCACGGGCAGGGAGUCGCACCUGGCGUACAUCGUCACGCUGCCCGAGGACCUGGGAGAAGUGCAGAGGGCCAUGGGGCUUAAGGGGCGGGGGAGCUUCAUCGUCAGCACCAAGAACCCCAAGAACGACGGGCCGCCUAACGCGAGGUUCCCGCAGAAACCCGAGUACCCAAACGAAGUGAUGAAAGACUUUGGGUCGCUUCGCUGGCUGCCAUCCCAGCCCCGGCACCUGGACUACCCCAACACGCAGCUGCUCCUCAUUGGUGAGCCCUCGGGUUUGGAGAAAGCAACCAGCGUGAAAGGAAAGAAGGGAGAGAGUGGCGGCGAUGAGAACAGCGAGGCGGAGACCUUGGCGGAGCUGGAAGAGCUCGAGGACGAGGACACGAAGCGGAUGAGGCACCUCGCCGGAGAUCAGUCUGAUGCAAUCUUUGCCGACCUUCAGGUCCGCGCGGAAGAGUAUCCCAAACUCAAAACCACAUUCCGAGGCUCGGGGCCAGUGGUGGAACAGUCGCAAAAGUAAUUUUGAGGAGCGGCCGCCAUCAUGGCCUCCGGAAAGCGAGAAGGAAAGAGGAAUGGCCACCGAGGCGCAGUUACGCUUAUGGGGGAGGAGGAGGAGGGGGAUAUUUAACGUCGGUAAGUCGGGAUCUACCAGUCCCUGCCUCCUAGGGGGUUUUUAAACCCGCUCCUAGGCCCGGCCAGGGUUAUAAGGGAUUAUCGAGAUGUGGGAAAAGGGGCUGUUAUCACUUCAAAGAGUUGAUCUCGUGUAGCGCAUUUGUAUUUCACGAAUACUAGUCGUCCUCGUCAAAC